CCAGGGAGAGCCCUCACUUUCCCGCCAGCACCACCACCCCAAGCUGUGUCAUACAUCCACAAUGGCAUUCAGUGGAACCUGGCAGGUCUACGCUCAAGAGAACUCUGAAGAGUUUCUGAAAGCUCUUGCACUGCCGGAUGAUCUUAUCAAACUCGCCAAAGACGUUAAGCCUGUUAUUGAAAUACAACAAAAAGGAGAGGACUUUGUUGUGACAUCAAAGACACCCAAGCAAUCUGUAACUAACUCAUUUACACUUGGAAAAGAGGCUGAUAUUACUACCAUGGAUGGCAAAAAACUAAAGUGCACUGUGAACAUGGUAAAUGGGAAGCUCGUGUGCAAAUCAGACAAAUUCUCUCAUGAGCAAGAAAUUAAAGGAAAUGAAAUGGUGGAGACUAUAACUGUUGGUGGAGUAACACUCAUCAGAAGAAGCAAGAAAGUUUAAAGGCAGAUCACCUUCUUUGUGACAUCCUUACAUGCCUAAAAUAAAGUGCAGUUUCCACACGGUGUGAUCUUCAUUAUGUGAAAGAAUAGAACAGAAAACAAGCGUGAUUUCUACUCUCCUUUCACACACACAUCACUGCCCAUAAUUGUGAGACUCUGUUUUCCCCCUGAGUACACUUCAGUCCAAGUGCCAGAAGUCUGCCUCCCAGACAACCAAACCUGGACAUUAACUGGAACAUUGUGAUUUAUCAGAAUGAUCCUUGGGAGUGGACAAAAGCUGAUAGAAAUGCUUCUUGAUUUUUUACACGCUCAAUGAACACAUUUAGCUUUAGUUCCUUUGUCUAAUAAAGUUUCAUCUUCUAUUAAAAUCCUUUCUCUGUAUCUAGCCAGCAAGGAACAAUUAGACAUUGGUUUAGCUGAUCUGUAACAGGAAUAGAAACAGUAAUAUUUUAAAAGCUAUGAAGUAUUUAACAGUCAUAAAAGUACUAAUAGGAAUGACUGCUCUUAAACUGAAGUAUACCAGAGUACAAUUAAACAAAAAUGAGGCACUACAAGAGCAAAGGGAAUUAAACACUCUUCCAAUUUGCAGAAUAAAUUAAAUUCCAUGGAGUUACACAUAACAAGAUCAACAGAACAGAAGCCAAGCCACUGGUAAAACUCAGGAGAAGGCUGCUUUAAAGCACUGUAUGCAGAAAGCCAUAUAAGAGCUUGAAACGCCUCUGUUUGGCAGUUGCUUGGUAACUGCUAACUACACACUGAAACACGACAAAACAGAGCACAGUUGUCCAACAGCAAACCCCGAGAACACUGCAAGUCUUCAAUUAUCAAAUCCUGUGUCAGUAAGUGUAGGAGACAAAGUACAAGACACCCAGGUUUAUUUCUAAACCAACACAGAGACAAUUCAUUACCCUGAACACCACACUUGUAAAGCCUGUUACAAAACAACAAGUAUUUGCUUUGAUGCAUUAUGACGGGAAUAAAAUGGGAAUGAUGUUAAAGCAAAACGUAUCUGCUUUAAAAAGAAACAUGAAAGUCUUAUUUUGAUUCAAUAGCUACUCAAAUAUUCCCAGCUCACCUGAUAAAUAAUCUGCCUUGCAAACUCACUCCCUCCCUAUUCAACUCCUUAUCAAUGCUCAAACUCCAUACACAACUGGUAUACAGAGGCAGUUUAAGUUAUAGAUUGUAGAUACUGCAUAUUAAAAUCGCAUUAACCUAUAUAGAACUGAAACUGAUGGUAAACCACUUUAAUUUGAAAGCACUACAAAUUCUUAAUACUUUACCUCCCUUACUUCUCAAUUGUGGUGAUACAGCAUUUCUGAGAACCAGGUCAAUCUUCUCAAUCCAAUGGCAAUAUACUGUCACAGGACAUCCCAGAUUUAGGUGAAAUAUUCAGUGCAGCUCCUUAAAGGAUUUUGAUCAGAUUGGGAAUCUUGCCCCACUGCCCAAAGUCAUACAUUAUUUCUGGAUGACAAUCUCUUAUGAGUUCGGACAAUAGAAGUGGAUCCACUCUUCCACAAAACCAAGGACAUUUUUCGCAAAGAACUUCAUGGGAGUAUUUAUAAUGUUAUUUGGAUGCUGUUCAAAACUGCUCAUUUCCACUUUGAUAAGCUCUGGAAGGGUAAUCCUGGCAGGAAGUGUUUCUCCCCAUCACCAAACUCCACUCCUUGGUGGUUCCAUUGUUUUUCAGAAUGUCUCUACAGAAUAAAUUCUUUCUGCUUUGUGUCACACACUCC